CCCUCCUCUAUCCUCCCAUCACCUCCACUUCUGCUCUCUGCUUCUCUCUCUUAUCUCUCCCUCUCUACAGUCAGCAGCUUCUUAUUCUUUACCCCUUCUUGCUUCAAUGGCCAUCAGGAAAUCUAACAAACUAACUCAAACAGCAGUCCUCAAGCAAAUUCUCAAGAGAUGUUCAAGCUUAGGCAAGAAGCAUGGUUAUGAUGAUGAUGGCCUCCCUCUUGACGUGCCGAAAGGACACUUUGCUGUUUAUGUUGGUGAAAACAGAAGCAGAUACGUAGUUCCUAUCUCCUUGUUGACUCACCCAGAAUUCCAAUGCCUACUUCGACAAGCAGAGGAAGAGUUUGGGUUUGAUCACGAAAUGGGGCUUACCAUUCCUUGCGAAGAAGUUGUUUUUCGCUCUCUAACAUCAUCACUCAGAUGAGAAUUUGAACAAAGGGUGGUGGUUAUGGUGGUUUCUUGUUUUGCCUGGAGAAGAUGGCUCUCUAUAAGAUGAAGCCCACAGCCCACUGCAACAGUUACAGCUGCUGCUAGUUUUGUCUUUUUUUCAACAUCUUCUCCAUUGUGAUUCUUGAUCUUGGUUUUUUUUCAUAUUAGUUCUUUUUUUUUAUAUCCGUAUUGGAUCUUUUAAACCCUUUUGGGUUUUGAUGUCUAAUUACUAACCUAGAAACCCACCAAAAAUGUUAUGGGUUAAUAGAUUUGUAUAAAGUUUGGUUUUCCUCACAGAUGUUAACAAAUGUAACACCACUGUGAGAGAAGUUUCUAAGGAAAUGUAAGGGUUAUGUACCUCUUUUAACCUCACAAA